AUGAUUACAAUGAUAUCGAGGUUUAGCAAGUACCUAGUACCUGCCGCCAACAUUACUUUUUAUGUCGAAGUACCUACAUUGGUUUAUUCGCCGGAAAUGGUGUAUGUACGUAUGUAUUCAAACAAGUCUUUUGUUAUUAGUGUUUGUGUAUUCAAUACACGAUGUAUUAAAAGCUCUAACCUUGAAUCUUACUUCUAUAUUCGUCAGCGCGUGAGCUUUGCUUGUUGUGGAAGGGGCCCAUUACGUAUAGCCUAUCGGUGUUUUCUGUCUGUGUGUGUCAGUUUAUCAUUGUGUGCUACGCAGACAUUUUAA